AUGGAUAAGCCGUCGGACGAGGUCACCGCCACGGAAGGCUCAUCCGAUGACCUUGCUAAGAAGAAGAAGGACAAGGACAAGAGUGGCCUAAGCAAGGAGCAGCGCGACCAGCUCGCCGCCCUCCGCAAGGAGCAGGAUCGUGCCCGCAAGGAGCGCAUUGACACCCUGACGGCAAAGCUUCUCGACCGCGUCAGCGUCUGGACCGAGACGGACAAGGGCCCGGAUGUCACGGCGGCCUUCAAGGAGAAGAUGCGGCUCGAAGUUGAGGAGAUGAAGAUGGAGUCGUUCGGCCUCAACAUCUGCCACGCCAUCGGCCAGACGUAUAUCAGCCGGGGCUCGACCAUGAUCAAGAGCCAAAAGUUCCUUGGCAUCACGGGCUUCUUCAGCCGCCUCAAGGAGAAGGGCGUCAUGAUCAAGGACACGUGGAACACCAUCUCCUCCGCCCUCGACGCCCAGGCCGAGAUGAAGAAGGCUGCCCUCCUCGAGGAGGAGGCUGGCGAAGACUGGACCGACGAGCGCAAGGCCGAGCAGGAGAGGAGAUUGACGGGCAAGAUCCUGACCGCCGCGUGGCGUGGGUCCAAGUUUGAGAUUCAGGAUAUUCUCCGCGGCGUCUGCGAUAACGUCUUGAACGACGAGGCUGUGCCUCUGACCAAGAGACUCGAGAGGGCCCACGCUCUCGUGGUGAUUGGUGAGGUCUUUGUAAAGGCAAGACGUUCUCCCGAAGAAGACGGCGACUACCUCGUCUUCGAGAAGCUCGUCGCCGAGGCUGCGAUGAAGGAUAAGGAGAAGCACAAGCACAAGUCCAAGUCCAAGGACAAGGAAAAGGAUAAGGAAGACGAGAAGCACAAGGUUGCCGCCGACGCGCCCAACGUCCACAAGGCACCUUGA